AUUUUUUUCAGUAUUUGACUCAAUAUGAUUUUUAAAAUUUUGGUAACAUAAAAUUUUACCAUUAUACCCAUUUCCAAUGUGACUUUUUUAAACUCUGAGAAAUUUUAUAUAACUCUUUUCUGAUUCUGAAGUUUGGAAACUGAGAUCAACUUUAGUCUGUGAAGCCUCUCUUUGCGGAGAGAGCUGCACAUCUGAGCCCUGAAAAGAAGGGAUCUUGGGCACAGUUGAAUCCCUCAGUUGACCUCACUCUGGUUUCUAGCCUAGAAGGGCUGACAGGAUCCAGCACUUUCUUCCAGGGUCAGCAAAGGGCAGAGGCCUGAAGUUAGGCAUCACAGGGUUCUCAGCUGGGCCUCUAAGACCCCCUCCUCCCACUUUGCAGAGAAAGGAGGCGGCUGCAGAGAAGAGGAUAUGAGCUCCGUUCUCUGCUCCUCCCUCUCCUUGCUUUUCCCCACACCCAUCUUCUCCCCCACAGCAGCCGUCUCCCCCACAGAGACUGGGAAGAGGGAGGAGGGCAGGAUUGGGCACUGAGGGAUCAGAAGCCCCACAGCGCCCUAUAUCUGAAGGAAGCUCUGGCCAGGGGAGCUGUGCUGGUUCAUGCUCACCACCUCAUGCUGCUUGUCCCCUCCAGCAUGAUGCUGGGGACUCUGGGCCUUUGCGUACUAUUUCCCACAGCUGUGCGAGGUAAGUGUCUACGGGGGGGUGCUUUUCACUCACCCACUGAGGGAAAGGGGGACUUGAAGCAGCAGCCACCCCUCUGGAAGAGUAAGUGGGGUGGGUGAGUGAGGGCAAAAAGUAGAUCCAUGUGUCCCCAUGGUGAGGUCAGGUUCCAGACCUCUGCUGACCCUGUUUCCUCUUACGGCAUUACCAUGAUGGCCCUGGGAUAUGAAACAUGUUUUGUGUCUCCUUUUUGGCUGCUGCUUUUGCCCCUGCAUUCACUCCCAUCUUGAACCUUCCCCUCUCCCCACCCUGGGCCACAGCACCCCCAAGCAGGCGGACCUGUGUGUUCUUUGAGGCCCCUGGAGUGCGGGGAAGCACAAAGACACUGGGGAAGCUGCUAGAUGCAGGACCAGGGCCUCCCAGGGUUAUCCGCUGCCUCUACAGCCGCUGCUGUUUUGGGAUCUGGAACCUGACCCAAGACCAGGCACAGGUGGAGAUGCAAGGAUGCCGAGACAGUGAUGAGCCAGACUGUGAGUCCCCGCACUGUGACCUGAGCCCCCGAGCCCACCCCAGCCCGAGGUCCACUCUCUUCACCUGCUCGUGUGGCACUGACUUCUGCAAUGCCAAUUACAGUCAUCUGCCUCCUCCAGGGAGCCCUGGGACUCCUGGCUCCAACACCGUCCCAGGCAAGUCCAUCUGGAUGGCGCUGGUACUGCUGGGACUAUUCCUGUUCCUCCUGCUGGGCAGCAGCAUCCUGGCCCUGCUACAGCGAAAGUCCUGCAGAGUGCUGGGUAGGUCAGCGCCAGAGCCAGAGCCAGAGCCAGAGCCAGAGCCAGAGCCAGAGCUGGAAUCAGGCAGGGACUGGAGUGCUGAGCUGCCUGAGCUGCCUGAGCUGUGUUUCUCUCAGGUCAUCUGGGAAGGAGGUCAUACAGUGGUGUGGGCUGGGCAGCUGCAAGGCAAACUGGUAGCCAUCAAGGCCUUCUCCCGGAGGGCUGUGGCCCAGUUCCAAGCCGAGAGAGCGUUGUACGAGCUGCCAGGCCUACAGCAUGACCACGUUGUCCGCUUUAUCACCGCCAGCAGAGGGGGCCCUGAGCCCCUGCCCUGUGGGCCCCUGCUAGUACUGGAAUUGCACCCGAAGGGCUCCCUGUGCCACUACUUAACCCAGCACACCAGUGACUGGGGAAGUUCCAUGCGGAUGGCACUGUCUCUGGCGCGGGGCCUGGCAUUCCUCCAUGAGGAGCGCUGGCAGGAUGGCCAAUAUAAACCAGGGAUCGCCCACCGAGAUCUGAGCAGCCAAAAUGUGCUCAUUCGGGAGGAUGGGUCAUGUGCCAUUGGAGACCUAGGCCUCGCCUUGGUGCUCCCUGGCCUCACCCAGCCUCCCACCUGGGCCCCUACUCAACCCCGAGGCCCUGCUGCCAUCAUGGAGGCUGGCACCCAGAGGUACAUGGCACCAGAGCUCUUGGACAAGACUCUGGACCUACAGGACUGGGGCACGGCCCUCCGUCAAGCCGAUGUGUACUCUCUGGCUCUGCUCCUCUGGGAGAUCCUGAGCCGCUGCCCAGAUCUGUGGCCGGACAGCAGACCACCACCCUUCCAGCUGGCCUAUGAGGCAGAACUGGGUAGCACUCCCAGCACCUGUGAGCUGUGGACCUUGGUGGUAGAGGAGAGAAGGCGGCCCUGCAUCCCGCCCACCUGGCAUGGCUUCACCACAGACCCUGGCGGCCUGAGAGAGCUGCUGGAGGACUGUUGGGAUGCGGACCCAGAAGCAAGGCUGACGGCAGCAUGUGCUCAGCAGCGUCUGGCCGCCCUGGCCCAUCCUCAGGAGGCCCACCCCUUCCCAGAGAGCUGUGCCCAAGGCAGCCCACCUCUCCGCCCAGAAGACUGCCUCUCAGGCUCUCCCCAUGGCCAUCCCCCCUUGUAGGCCUCAGUGGAACGUCUGCUACUUCAGCCUCCAGCAAGGCCUUUGUUCCGGGGGUCCUCCCACACUGUGUCUCACCUGUAAAUGUGCAACUUACGUAUAAUCUCUGUACGUGCAAACAUAAAUCUGGUGCUCCGAUGCCUGACUGCUGUGUCUCACCAUUGCCUUUCCAACCUGCCAGUUGCCUAGAUCCUUCUGUGGGUGUCUAGUAUAGGGCAGUCCCGAUCGGGGCCUGAGGGGUGGGUGUGCAUAGGAAAGAGAUAAAGUCAGCUUUAUCUCCCUGUCCUUGGGCCUUCCCCAUCUUCUGGGGAUCCUGGGCUCCUCCUGUCUCUCUUCUUUUCCUUCACUAUCAUAAGCCUACUU